GACUGAAACAGAAUAGCAACCAGUGGACCAGGGGAGUGGAGAUACAACCGCGGCUCAGGCUCAGAUCAGGACUUUGGAGAGCGCAACACAAAGAGAAGAAGGAAGAGCAAAACCAGGCAACUUUCUUUAAAAGCACAUGUUUGUAGCGAUGUUACAACGGACCGGUCCCCAGCUGCUGCUCCUAACAGCCCUGUGCAGUGUCUUGUACACCCGGACCCUGGGUCUACCGUACACGUCCAUGAGACCGACGAGACACGCCGACGGUCUGUUCACCAGCGGAUACAGCAAACUGCUCGGUCAGCUAUCAGCACGGAGGUACCUGGAGUCCCUGAUCGGGAAGAGGGUCAGCGAUGACCUGAUGGAGGAGCCGGUGAAGCGCCACUCAGACGCCAUCUUCACAGACAAUUACAGCCGCUUCCGCAAACAGAUGGCCGUCAAGAAGUACCUGAACUCAGUGCUAACAGGGAAGAGAAGCUUAGAAGACCCUGGAACCAGUGAGGCAGAGGAGUCCAGGAGCGAACCCAGCGCCUUCCAGGAGAGCUAUGAUGACAUUAACGUAGACCAUCUCAUAAACAACUUUCAGCUGCCGCUUUGAGGAGAGGCCAGUGCCCGUGUGAAUACCUCAGCUCAUCCUCAUGAAACUGCCCAUUCCAAAAAUAACACACUAUUACUCCAAAGGACAUCCAAAAGCCAAUCAGCCAACUAUGACGUGCUUUCCAAUGUGGUUAUCUAUCUAUCGAACAACACUGUACAUGUUUACAUUGUAUAUAAGAUACUAAACACUGAUGAUUCUGGCCCAAAGACUCCGCGGGCGGCCCUGCUCAAGAUGUGUGUCCGAGUGCAAGUUUGUCCGUCAGCUUUUUAAGACAGCUACUUUUGUUGGGAAAAAUCAGAACAGACUCAAACCAAGCCCGUUUACUGGUGUAUUUAGUAUAGGAACGGCUGGGGAUGCUCUAAAAAUAAAAGGUGCAAUGAAACUGUCCAGUUAAUUUUCAACUGAACAAAUUUCCUGUUUACUUCCAAUGGAAAAUUUGUUUUAUUAACAUUAAUUAUAUUAAAUAGCACUUUCAGUGGAAAAAAAGCCCAAAUACAUUUUAGUGGGAUAAACUGUAACAUUAAUUUUACUGUAUUGACAUAACUAUUAUUAAACUUUAGAACAAUAAAGCGAUUACCUUUAAUUGGAGCAUUUGGAACAUUUGUCAAAUAAAUUUCAUCAGAAUGACAGCACCAUUAAGUUUCAUUGAAAUGACUCCUGAAUUACAUUUCAAUGGAGCAAGUAUCCUCAUUCAAAAAGUGUCUCAUUCACUCUAAAUGGAAAAGUUCUUCCGUCAAGUAUCACCAGAACUACUGUCCCAUUAAAUUUCAGAGAAACAAACAUGACUAACUUUCAGUGAAACUGUCCCGUUUACUUUCAAUGUAGUAAUCAUGAUUUAAAUGCUAACUAAAAUGGCUUUGGAAACUCCAGACCCAAUCCCCCCGAGACAAAGAAGAGGAAGAAGAAGGCAAGGAGGAGGAAGAGGAGGGCCACAUUUUGAAGGGACACAGAUGCAUAUACUCACUUUAUACUACUCAAUAUGUAGAGCAAAGACGCUAUAACUGCAUAGACCUGCCUAUAGAGCAUAUAGUGAUGUACACCACUCACUAAAUAAAAGAUUCUGAUUUAUUUUUCAAAGCUGA